AUACGUGAUAUUUGUUCAAAUGUUGGGCGGUACCUGGCUAGAACGAAAUAUCGGAGCGUUAAUCGCGCACGUUUUAGAUCUGGUUACAAAUCCGAAAGCCGCUAGUUCUCACGUCGAGGCGGUAUACUCGCGUAAAUGUGUGAAUUUCAUUUUACGCGGUACUAUCGGCAAAUUAUUAGGAGAAGGAGCUCAAGCAGCCGCUUGUAAAGAGAUAGCGCAUAUUAUUCUAAAGCAAAUGAAUUCCAUCGAUUUUAGUCCGGAAAACGCCAAAGAUUGCAAUCAAGAAACGUUAUUCAGUCAGCAUUUAUUAGUGUGUGCAUUACAAGAAAUGGGCAAUCUGAUACUAGGAUUAGGUACCACAGCUACAAAUUUGCUAUCCGAUCAAUCUCUAAGUCUGAUCGAUGCCAUAAUGGCUGUUCUGGUGCAUCCGUGUCAAGCGGCUAGACUGGCGGCUUCCUGGUGUUUACGGUGCAUAUGUGUGGCAGUACCAAGUCAAAUAACACCCUUGAUCGAUCGCUGUGUCGAUGGGAUUGAGAAUAUGCGUAGCUCACCGGAAGCUAUAGCCGGUUACAGCAGUGCUCUUGCCGCGGUGCUAGGAAGUGUUCGUUUGUCACCUUUGGGAGUCCCUCAUACUAAGGGAAAGAUAAUUUUCAAUACAGCGGAAGAACUUCUGAGAAGUGCGAGUCAAAACAGCCGUUUGUCUUUAAAUCGCACGCAUGCAGGAUGGCUUUUGAUAGGAGCAAUUAUGACUUUAGGUACGGCAGUAGUAAAAGGCUUAUUACCGAGAAUGUUACUUCUAUGGAGAAACUCCUUCCCGCGUUCGAACAAAGAACUUGAGAGUGAAAAAGCUCGCGGCGAUGCUUUCACGUGGCAAGUGACUUUGGAAGGACGUGCGGGCGCAUUGUCCGCUAUGUACAGUUUCCUGCUGCAUUGUCCGGAACUUUUGAACGAUGAUAUUACACGGCGAUUACUCACGCCGAUCGAAUCUGCUCUGGCAAUGCUGACAAAUUUAUCUCCUGUUUUAAAGAACUAUGGUCAACAAUUGAAAGCUCCUGCAGCUAUGGUUCGUUUGCGCUUAUAUGAAACGUUGUUGCUGCUACCACCGCAAAUGUUCGAAGGUUCUUACACGCACCUUCUGAGAAUGUUGGUAUCAGAGUUCACGCUUACGGAUAAUCCUGGAAAUACCACUACUUCCUUAUUGAGUGUGGUUUGCCACGCUAACGAUUCUGUGAUUCUUGGUACAUGGCUACAGGAGACCGAUCAUCGCACAAUAGAAGACCAACUUCAACCAAAUAGUGCUGCGGGAUCUGGGGCAUUGGAACAUAAUACAUGCUGUCUUUACAGACCAAUGCCACACUUUGAAAUGAUUCCUGGUCCCUUGCCGUUGGGUGUAGCGGUGAUUGAUUUAUCGGUUGCAUUAUUCGGCCAGAUAUUCCCACGUGUAGCAAAUAAGCACAGACUGCAGAUGUUGGAUCACUUUAGCGAGUGUAUAAAGCAUACUAAGUCCGGAAGGCAGGAGGCAAUACAAAUGAACGUAUUUACGGCCGUAUUGAGCGGCUUGAAGGGUCUCAAUGAGGCGAAAACAGGCUUUGGACAGGAAGACGUCAAGAAAUCCGCCACUAAUCUUAUCAUCAGCACGCUGAUCAGCAGCAACCCUAUUUUACGAUGGGCGGCUGGAGAAGCGGUUGGCAGAAUGGCCCAAGUGAUCUCCGAUCCCAAAUUUACAGCGGAAUUGGCGCAGACCAGUUUUGAUCGGUUGAAAUCGGCUCGCGAUGUGGCCAGCAGAACCGGCCACUCAUUAGCGUUAGGCUGCCUUCAUAAAUACGUUGGCGGAAUGGGUUCUAGCCAACAUCUUAACACUAGCGUCAGCAUCUUACUCGCACUUGCACAAGAUAAUUCGUCUCCCGUAGUACAAGUUUGGGCGCUGCACGCUCUGGCUCUGAUAGCUGAUUCCGGUGGACCAAUGUUCAGAGGUUACGUAGAGCCUACCCUGUCUUUAGCGCUGACCCUUCUCCUCAAUGUUCCUCACUCUUAUAUCGAUGUGCAUCAAUGCAUCGGAAAAGUUUUAUCAGCGCUUAUCACGACGAUAGGACCAGAAUUGCAAGGCAAUACUUCAACGAUUUGCAUGGCACGGUCGUCAUUUUUAUGCGCGUGUGCUAUUAUGCAGGAUCAUCAGGAUCCCCUCGUUCAAGCCGAAGCAACCGGCUGCCUUCAACAGUUACAUCUUUUUGCACCCAGACACGUCAAUUUAUCUUCCCUCGUUCCUACAUUAUGUCGUACCUUAUCAAGCAAUCAUUUGCUUCUUCGUAAAGCUGCGAUAUCCUGUCUUCGGCAGCUCGCUCAACGAGAAGCGAAAGAAGUAUGCGAGCAUGCGAUGACUCUAGCUAAUGAAAGCAGAGAUACUAAUGUGGUAGAAGGUCUCAUUAUCACUGAAACCGGUCUCCCGGGCGUGUUAUUCAGUAUGCUGGAUACGGAAACUGAUAGUAAACUAAUCAAAGACAUUCAUGACACUUUGACAAGCAUGUUGCAAAUAUUAGCAGCCGAUAAUUUGUCUCAAUGGUUAUCACUAUGCAAAGACGUUCUCACGAUAGCUUCAGAAUCAAGUACUAUCGAAGAAGGCAACGCAGCGAAUGCGGAAGAUAGCGCCGCUGAUAACGAAUCAGCAGAUGCGGAAGGUGACGAUGAUCAGGCUGAGUUUCACGCCGACGAAUCCACUAAACAACGACCGUCUAUCACACCGAGAUGGCCAACGAGAGUCUUUGCGGCACAAUGCGUCCGACGUAUCGUUGCAGCUUGUAUGAAUAACAAGCAGGCUCACUUUGAUCUGGCUCUGGCCAAAGAGAUGCAACAAUCUAAGGGAAAAGGAGAUUUUCUGGUAUUACAUCUAUCGGACUUGGUGCGUAUGGCGUUCAUGGCUGCAACGAGUGAUUGUGAUCCAUUGCGACUCGAAGGUCUCAAAACUCUGCAAGAGAUUAUUGAUAAAUUUGCCAAAGUUCCCGAACCGGAGUUUCCUGGACACUUAUUGCUGGAGCAGUUUCAAGCACAAGUCGGAGCUGCUUUAAGACCAGCAUUUUCCGCGGAAACACCGUCGCAUGUUACAGCUGCAGCUUGCGAGGCUUGCAGCGCAUGGAUCGGCAGUGGCGUCGCUAGGGAUCUCAAUGAUCUACGAAGGGUGCAUCAAUUACUUGUAUCAUCUCUCGAGAAAUUGAGAGAAGGCAACACUCGGCCGCAACUGUAUAAUGAGAGCUUAUCAACGUUGGAAAGAUUGGCGAUCCUAAAAGCAUGGGCAGAGGUAUAUGUAGUUGCAAUGAUAAGAGACGGAUCCGCAUUGAAUAGCAAAGAUACGACUAAUCGAAAUGCGAAUCAAGUCGACGAAGCGAGCGAGGAAGAUUUUGGAGAAUUCGAGUUCCAAAGCGAAAGUUUGCUGAGCCUCGUUCAACCAGAGCUUCUGAGUCUGAGUCAACAUUGGUUAUCAGCGUUGAGAGAUCACGCAUUACUCUCUCUGCCGCCAGAAUUCUCCAGUCAGUUGCCGCAUGAUGGUGGUGCCUUUUACACGACAGACACUAUGGAGUCCGCGCGUCCUCACUAUGUAGAAUCGUGGGCGCCGAUCCUCCAUGCCGCGACUCUUUGGCUCAAUGCAAGAGGAUUUGAAAUGAGAGACAGUAAUCAGGAAAAAGCAACGGCGAAUCUUACUAAUAAUAAUAAUCGUAACAAUAAUAACAACAACGAUGAAACUACCGUUUCUAAAACUAACACAAAUGUUGAACGUUUUCACUUAUUAUUUGGUAUAUGUAUGGAAGCUUUGUGCAGCCCUCGCUCUUCCGAAUCCCAGCAAAAUAUAAAGACAUGUUUAAAUGCGUUAUAUACAUUACUUGAUUCAAUAUGGGCACGUAAGGUCUUCAUUACGGAUCGUUCUUUACCUAUUGAAUUAUGUAAUGUUCUUCAUAGAUUGCUUUUAACACGAGAGAGUUAUGUCAUCCAAAUGAUAGUAAUGGAAGUGUUGAAACAAGUGAUGAAAGCAGCGCAAGAAGAUCUUACAGCGAGAAAAAAAUUGAAACUCAAAGAUAAUGCAACGGCGAAUCAAGAAAACAAUGAAACAUUGGAACUGGAUCUACUGGGUGAAGGAGAAGAGAGUGGUGAGCUGACGCCGGGCAAAUCAUUAGUAUUUGCUGUUCUGGAAGUAUGUCUGUGUCUCCUAGUGCGGCAGAUACCAGCAUUGAAUCCGAAUCCCGGUGGUGCUACUGCCAUUUUAUCUCAGAAGGGAUAUGUGUCGUCUGAGAAGAGCGGCAAACUAAUCGCAUCAUCCUUCAGUAUAAUGGAGUCUCUUCCCACAUUGUGCUCUCCGCAAGGCGCAAUAGCAAUUCUACCAACACUGCUGUAUCUGGCAACGGGCGUAAUACGCGAAACCGCGGUACGUACGGACAACGAUAGCACUAAAUCCAGUUCGGAAACACCGGUUCACGCUGCGUUGCACUGCGUUAAGAGUCUCACUAAUAACAAAUACGCUCGGGAUCACAGAAGUCAGGAGCAAUGGACAGGAUUACUACGAAGCGCGCUUGCCAAGAUUAUCGAUCUGGCUAAAACAGGCAAUGACGAAACUAAGAUGGAUGAAGUGGCAAUGAUGCUAGGCAUCGCAGUAUUCGUGCUUCAUGCGUCACCGGAAGUAGUGAGUGCUCCAAAUCUGCAAUUUCCAUGUAUUAACCAUUUUCGGCAUGCGUUCCAGUCUGAAAAUUUAACGGUGAAGCUGAAAUGUGUGCAAACAUUAAGAACGAUAUUUCUGCAUCCGGAACGUAAUAUAAGUACUCCAUACAUCCACGCGCUUGCACCACGUCUGGUAGAAUACCUAUACAGCGACAAGAGCAAGCAGGUGACAAAUGACAUGGAACUGACUUUCACAUUGGAGUGCAUCAGCACGGUAGAAGCCCUCAUAGGACUCGCCGAUCUCUCUAAUCGAGAUCUGUUACAAGGUAUUCAAAUGCUGACUUUACUUGUACCAAUUUUAAUCAAUUACCUACUGGAAGGAGAUGAGCUCCAGCGCGCUACAAAAUAUCAAGCGAGCCUCCAUCAACAGAGUUUUCAAUGGCUCAAUAAGAUCGGGCCAAAGUAUCCGCAGGAAUUUAAGACAUUGAUGUCACAGUCCACCGAGUUGAAAACAAAAUUGGAAAACGCCGUAAGGACUAGUCAUCAGCAGGCGCAGCGGCACACUCGGCCAGUCGAUCCUAUAAAACCACAGAUCAAGAUAUCCGCGCCAUCAAUCAAAUUAAAAACCGACUUCUCCAACUUCAACUAGAAGCAGAUCGUAUGUUGCAGAUAAAAAAUAAGAAAUAAUUUAUUAAAAUCUCAUAAGACUAACGUAAAAAAUGAUAUUAAUGAUUUUAUCGUAGAUAUAACUCGAUCGUGUUAACGCGACUUCACCCAAUUAUCAAUUAUCAGACAAAUCAAAUAGUUGUUUACAACGUUUUAGCGUCGUGAUAAUUAUAAAGUGAUAUUUCGUCGUUAGAGAAUUGUACUCGACUGUACUUAGAAAAAAAGGAUUAGAAAUUAGCAAUAUUAUAUGACAUAUAUAAAGGGAUAGGAUAAUGUGAAAGGAAUGGGAAAAUUGAUGUCGGAUGAUCAAUUAACUGCUACUAUAAAAUGAUAUUAUCUUACAUUCUCUUCAUCCCAUUUUAACUUUUUUAUUAGUACAAUAACGUUCCUAAUUUUUCAAUUAUGCUUUCCAAGAAGAUAACUUUAUAUCAGACUUUCAAAUUGUAUAUACAUAUAUGUAGACUUUAGGACAACACAUAUAGAGAUUAUUAAUUUAUUUAGUGAUACAAACAAAAAUGUUGAUGUAUAUUUUCGCCUCACUAUUUCGAUGAAUUGUGAACGAUAACAAGUAACAGUUUAAUUCCAAGAAAAGUGCGGUGUUAAAUAU